AUGUUAUCAUCGGGCUUUCAGCAGCACCAGCCGGUGUCGUUGGCGCGCGGCACAACCCUCAACAACGGCCGCUACCGAAUAGAGCGCGAGCUUAAUCGGGGAGGUACGGCGGUGGUGUACGCGGCGGAGGACCGAGCCACGAGGACGUAUGUGGCGCUCAAGGUCAUGCACGGACCCGACCAGGUGCCUCUCAAGGUCGUCAAACGAGAGAUCACGUUCAGCUCCUCCGUCAGUCACGACAACAUUGUACGACUGUUGGACGUCUUCGCGGAGAAGCAACAGCUCGUCAUCGUGUGGGAGCUCAUCAGCGGCCCGGACCUGCUGGACCUGCUGAACGAGUGCGGCGGCAGGAUGCCCGAGGACAUGGCCGCCUUCUACUUCACACAAGCGCUUCGCGGUCUGGUCUUCAUGCACGCCAACGGGUUUUGCCACCGGGAUAUAAAACCGGAGAACUGCAUGGUGCAGAGGGCCAACCACCAGCUCAAGCUGAUCGAUUUUGGGUUAUCCAAGCACCUUGCCUCGGCCAAGACCAUCGGAGUCGGAACCCCGGAUUACAUGAGCCCGGAGAUGCUCGUCCAUCAGCAACAGAUGGGCUACGAAAUGGGGUCUGCCGCACAGCAGCCGCCGUACGACGCCCGCCAGGUCGAUGCCUGGGCCAUGGGUGUCCUCAUGUACCUCCUUGUGACCGGCAGGUAUCCGUUCGAGGAUGACGCGCACCCCAACAACCUUGCCGCCACGGUCACCAACGUGCUGGCGGGGCGACUGAGGCCGCUGCCGCCGGGGGUUAGCGCCGGGUGUACGGAAAUGAUCACUAAACUGCUUCAGCCGCGACCCGAGCGACGAAGCACGCUGCUGGACCUGGUCGACAACCCCUGGCUGGCGACCGCGGCAGCGCAGUACGCCGGGCGGGUUUCGGAGGCGGAGGGUCGCGCCCCUGGAGCUCUGGACCAGUGGAUUGACCUCCGGGAAUACCGCCACCUCGCGGCAAUGGACCACGGCGUGUCGUACCUCACGUCCUCCGCACGCCUCCAAUACCAACAGAAAUGUCAGCAGAACCAGCAAAGUACGACACGCAGUGGCGGCGGCGGCGGCGGCGGCGGUACUACUGUCGGACGCAGCGCCUUCGCCACUGCGGCAGCGCCUGCCGGCGCCGGUGCCGUCGCCGCUGACGGCAGCAGCAGCAACGGUGGCGGCAGCGGAGCCGCCUUCGGGAUGCUACUGCCGGCGAGCAGCAGCGCGAACAGUGAGGAGCUCGCCGCCGUGGCGGGAGCGAUGCAAACCGUGGCGGGUGUACGGCCGAUUUCAGAUGCAGAGAGCCGCGGCCGUGGCCAUCAUCAUCACCAUCACCAACACCACAACCACCAUCACAACCACAAACUGCCACGCAGCUCUUCGCCCAGCGGCCACAACCACCAUCACAACCACCACCACAACCACCAUCACCAUCACCACCGCAGGCGCGGCUCGGAAGGAUCCACCACCUCCGGCGGCGAGGUGACAUCCGGCGGCGAGGAGCAGCAGCAGCAGCAGCAGCAGCACAACCACCAACACCAACACCAGCAGCAGCUGUCGUCUUCUUCGUCGCUGCAGCCACAGCAGCUACAGCCGCUACAGCAGUCCCAGGGGGCGGGGGCCCCUCGGGGCGCCAUUGCCAAGAUGCGAGCGUACUUCCGCCGCAAGCUGGCCGAGGGCUGA